AUGAAUAUCAUUAAUUUAGUAUUAAUUUAUUUUUUACUAUCAGUCGAGUCUAGUUUUGUUCACUAUAAGUAUAUCCAAAAAAGAGACCCUGAAAUGCACAGAAAUGAUGUUACAUUUGGAAGGUUGACAUUUUUAAAAGGACAACUUUUUGAUGAACAAUAUUUGAGUAAGAAUGGACAGUGCACAGGAAGGUGUUCCGAUUAUGAGGAUACUUAUUACCACCACAAUGAACAUUAUAAUAAAUCUAUAGUCAAUAAAUUAUUUCAGUGCAAUGGAAGGAUUGUUAAAUGCAAAGACGUUGUUAAUUUUGACGCUACAGUUACUUUGCACGUAGACAACAUGAUGUACCGGUUCAAACCAAACAAAGAUGGCUCUGACUUUAGCGUAAGAAAAGCCGAAGGACUACAUGAUCGACAACAUCAUCACCUUUACAAAGAUCAUGAUUUAUACACAAAUUACCCACUAUCUUCUCACAGUCGGUGCGUUACUUGUAAAUGUUACUGCGAUGACACUCACAGCAAAAAGUCCGUCCGGUCUUUUUGCUUAGACACUAUUCAGUCAUUAGUCGAGGAGGGAUAUGUAAUUACAGGAUUACGACUUGUCAUAAGAGCAAAAAUGGUCCACCUAGAAAUUCAACAAGGCCAAUUGGUGAACGGACUCAUCAACCAGAGUACCGUCCAUUGGAGCAUUAAAAAUUGGUGUACUAUGCCUGGUCCCAUGAACUACAACAGUCGAGCGUUUCAACUUGAUGAAGUUAUUCUUCCGGAAGAUCAAGUUUUAACAGGAGUGCAAUUCAACAGAUACGAUCCAAAGACAAAAGUUUACGGUUUUAGCGUCGGAAGAUUUUCCUUAGGAGCAAUAGGCACUACAGUAGACUCAACCGGAAAUCUAGACAUUGAAAAUUGGUUCCCACAUCACAAAAUACAAGGAAAAAGAAAAGUAUUGUUAAUAUCUGACUUAAAUAUUUCUUUAAUACCACCUUCUGGCAGUGAAGAAAUCAGUACGCCGAAUAAACAUUACAUUAAAUUCCACCCGAGCGACUGGAAGUACGAUUUUGCACAGCACAUGAUUCCCUUUUUGGAUUUUCAAGAGGUCGUAACUGAGCCGGCGUCUCCUAUUUCUGGGGCUGGAAUUUACUACAAGAGUAGAAGAGGCUUCGGUGGAUUCAUCGCACCUAAAAUAAUAGUAAAGACUAAUUGA